AUGGUCAAUGGAAAGACAUCGAUACUCAACUCAUCAAUGAUUGUCGACUUUGAAUCAAUCACACCCUUGCCCAACAUCCAAUACCAACUCGUGUCAAGCACCAACAACAUUAUCGUGUACGUCGCCAACCCUACCAUGGACCAAGUGACCUACACCAAGACCCAAGACAACUCAGUGUACAAGAUCAAGGCAUCAGGCAAUCAACUCUACAUUCAGUUUGGCAAGUCAUGUUCCAACUCCAUUGGCAACUCUGACUGCACAGGACAUGCAACCUGCAAUGAUGACAACUGUCUUGCCUCUCGUGGUUGUCUUUGGUGUUCAUCUAGUAACACAUGUCAACAACCUACUACAACUUGUGAAGGUGGUCCUCCAACUACAACUGCUUCAUCAACAACUACUGGUGACAACAACAAACCAAAUAAUGCAACAUCCACAUCAUCAACAAACAUUUUUGUGAUAUCACUGAUGACCUUCAUCAACAUCCUCAUUGUAUUACAUUUCUAA